AUGAAUCCCGAAAAUGAUGGUCGCCGAAGGAUCACCUUUAAGCGCAAAAUUGAAUCAUUAGAAGAAGACCGCGACUUGCUCUUGCGGCUUGUGGAUACUAUUCGCAACGAUGACUCGCAAACGACCCCCGGAAUUAUGAACUUGAUUCGGAGUAGUGCGUCACUAGAGGAAAUCCGGCUAAGCCUGGAUCGAGGUCCAGACUCCAGCAGCUCCAAUGAUGUUCAGACGAAGAUUCGAAGACCUGCUGUGCAAAGAUUCAUGGAUGUGAAACGAUUAUCAGACGUGCCUCUGUACGAGGUUCCCGCGCAACCAUGGACAUCAGUGACAGACGACGAUGCUUUAGUGUCUCAUCUCAUCUCGCUCUAUUUCACCUGGCAACACCCAAUAUUAAAUUGGAUCGACCGUGACCUUUUUUUACGUGAUAUGCGCUCGAAAAAUCUAAAUUCCCGGUUCUGUUCGCCGCUUCUUGUUAACAUCCCACAGUUCUAUUCGGGGUAUCCUGAAGCGUUUGCCAGAGCAGAUGACCCUGGCUCCCGAGGUCGGCAUUUCUAUGAGGAGGCAAUACGUCUAUUAAAUAAGGAAGAAGGAAGGUUGCCACUAACCACUCUCCAAGCAAGGGGAGAUAUCUAUACCAGUACUUGCGUUAUGGGCAAGGAUCGGCUUGGUUGGCAGCAAUUUGUGGAGAUCGCAGACUGUGUCCGUCAGUUCAUGAAUAAACGGCAGAGUCUUAUAAGAGAAGCGAACGAGCAGGCUCAAGAAAUGGCAAGAGCCAUUGACAUCACGAUUAUUGGCUUGUUCAGUCUAAACCCGACUGCUACUUUAAGCCUACAAAAACCGUCUAUCGUCAAGAUACCAAAGUUUGAACCUCUUCCGCAAACCCAUGGCGCCGAGGACACUUGGAUUCCAUACCCUCGACAAGCCAAGUCACAGCAAGCCCACACCAAUUGUGUGAUAACUGGCGUGUUUAAUCUAGCUGUUAUUUUGUGGGAUAUAUCAAAUUACCUUUUUGGGGAUGAGAAACCCCUAAGUCUUGAUCCUAUAGAGGCCGAUGCAUUCUAUUACCGCCUAACAAAAUGGGCUGAAGACCUUCCAGAAUGCAUCAGCCUGAAAAACACCCCAACGCCAGGUGUAAUGGACAUGCAUAUGCGAUAUCAUAAUGCUAUCUUGGUAAUGUAUGGGUUUAUUCAACCAAGCCUUAAGCAGAGCGAAUCAGCCGCCAAGGACAGAAUCAAAAUCCUCCGACUAGCUACGGCUCGUGCUAUAAGUGCUAUACUCAAUCAAUUUCGCUCUCUGUGGCCGUUGGAAUAUGUGCCGAUGAACUCCAUGCAAUACGCCACUGUGGCUUUGUUUACGCUGCUAGAGGACCUAGAGGACCAGCAAAACAAGAAGGUGUUUGGGGAUAUUCUCACGGCUCUUCGCGCGCUUUCACGCCGGUGGCAAUUGGCAAAAGGGAUGCUUCGUCUUGUACAAUUAACUGCUAUCAAAGAGGAGGUCAACCUUCCUAAUGAGGCACAGAUUCUUUUCACGGAUUUUGAAGCAGAGCUUUGGAAGGCAGACGAUCGCGAACAAUUCAGCAGCCUCUAUCCGAACUUUGCCGUGUCUAUUAAUCAAGGGAAAUCAGAUCUGUCUGUCGAUGGGGCCGAGCUAGACCGAUUUCUCGAUGAGUGGGACAAACUCGCUCUCUCCGAGAGGGAAGGGGAAAGCGACAACAAGAACUAG